CUCCCCUCCCCGUCUUAUCCUCUCACUCCCGCACCCCGCUCCGCCCCUGCCCCGCCUUCCACCCCGCAAACCCUAACCCUAGCUCUGCACAGGGUGAUACUGCAUGCGUUUGUGCAUGUCCUGAUCCCCGAGUAAUCAGCUUCUUCGUCUAGUCAUGUGUGGGUGAUGCCAGCCUGAUUUGGCCAUUGUAUGGUGAAACCACACUCUAUGGGUGGAAUCAUCAAUUAUGGUGUUAGCAUUAGUAACAAAUCUUCACCACGCAGUUUGGCCAUUGAGAAAGCGCAGGAGGAGCUCAGGCAGGAGCAUGAUGUUCGUGAAGAACGCAAGAGAGAGCUGGAGUUUCUAGAGAAAGGAGGGAACCCAUUGGAUUUCAAAUUUGUCCAUGUAGCAUCGGUCAGUGUACAGUCAACUUCUCUCACAGAUCAAAUAGCUGAACAGAAUACAAUAAGUGAUGCUAAAGGUAGUUUUGCAUUUGCUGCAUCACCUCCUGGAGAUUCAGUUGAGAGUAAUGGCAAACCAGGAAGUUCACCAUGUCGUGAAACCAACACAGCAGACAAUCUUAUGCUUUUUCUUGGAAAUAACAGUGAUGUUGUAGAGGAGAAGAUUGUAAAAAGAGGAACCAAGAGAACUAUUGCAGCUCAGUCUAAGCAGCCCUUGCCCACUGAUGGUCACAACAAUGCAAAACAAGCUGAAGAUUCUGUUCUAUCACGCCUUGGAGUGAAGAGCCAGGCAUACGUUCGACGCAACAGGACAAAGCCAUGUAGGGAGAUUGCUUCAAUCAAAUCACCUGUGGUCCCUGCUAAAAGUUCUGAACCAAAAGGUGUAAUACAGGGAAAACAGGCAGAUGGUCAUGGUUCAUGUUCUGUUUCUGUUUUAAAACUGGCAGGGCAGAAGCAUGAAAAUGCAAUCAAGAGCACAUCUUCUGAUGAACAGGUUGCAAUGGAGUUGGAUGGGAUUCAAACCGUUUGUGGAAGCCACCACUUGGUAAAGAACGAAGCAACACAAGGUGAUGAUAGUAGCAAAGCUGUCGAACUGUUGCCCAAUGUGAAUGGCAACCAACAGCUUGGUGAAUGUGGUGAGGGUGAGGUAGUUGCAGCAGGUGAAUCUGUAGGGACCCCGGAUUCUACUUCCAACAUUAUAUUGAGGACAUCUUAUUCUAGCACAAAACCUACACACCAUGCAAGGGAAACACGUGCUUAUGAUGAGAAGGUUGAGGAUGGUCAAUCGGAUAAAGGCAUGACCUCUAUCCAUGUUGGUGAACCGGAUGACAGUGGCAUCGGUCCAGUGUGUGCUGUAGAAUCUGGAACAUUGUGCACAAAUAUAGUGGAUCUACAUUGUGAAGAAACCAUAAAUAUUACUAAUAAUCUUGCAGAUGGCAAAAUUAAUCAAGGUGACAUGAAAAUUGUUGGUAAGCCUCAAGAAGACCUGGCCACCAGUAGAAUUUCUAACAAGGGUGUCAGGGAAAGUGGUCAGCUGGAAGGUUUUAGCAGGUCUACUUCUGUUAAGGAAAAUUCCAAUUGUGUACAACCUGAAGUAAGCACCAUUGCUCAUGUUAAAGAUGAAUUGGAAGCUUGUGACAGUGCAGUAGUUGCACAGAAGGAUAUUGUCCGUCCAUCUCCUGGUCAUAGUAUGGAUAACGAGGAAAGUCCAGGUUCAGAAAGAAGAAACAGUUGUCUUGGGAAUUGUAACCCUGUCCAUCCAAUUGUUGCAGGCCCAGUUUUGCCUAAAAUCCAUCCCAUUGUUGCAGGCCCAGUUUUGCCUAAAAUUUCUCUGCCUGAAAAAUCUAACAUAGAGAGCGAAAUUCAAAAAUCUGGAGAGAAUCUGGACAAAAUGGCACAGAAGGAAUAUGAAGAUUCUAUCCUUAAAAAAGCUCGUCUUAUAGAGGUGAGCCUUAAGAGGGCUGGUGAACAAUCUGAUAUGUCUUUGGAGAAGAGUACAAAGGGUCACUGGGACUUUGUCCUUGAUGAGAUGGCUUGGAUGGCAAAUGAUUUCAUGCAGGAGCGCCUGUGGAAAAAUAUGGCUGCAGCUCAGAUUUGCCAUUGGAUUGUGUCUAAAGGUCGGGCAAAAUUUGACGAAGCAAUCAUUCAGAGGAAGCAGAAAGCUGUUACAAGAGGCCUUAUAAAAGGUAUCAUGAAUUUUUGGCGUUCAGCAGAGGCUUUGCAAACUACUGGUAGGACAACUGUUACUCAAGAACACAACUCGCAUAUGCUUGAGAAGACAAAGCACACUGGUGUGAAAGCUGAAAAAUCUCAGGGCAAUGAAUCAUUGGAGAAAGAAGAGCGUAAUUGUCCUCACCAAUCUCGAAUUCAGGAUUAUGCAGUUAAAUUUAUUGAGUAUAACAGUCAGACAUCUGGUUCUCUUGUGUUGGCUGAAGCACCACCUACUCCUGACCGGCUAAAUGACUUUGGCACCUUGAAAGUGUCUGAUCUUUUUUCAGAAGGAAAUCUCUUUUAUACAGUAGCACCUAGUGCAAUGCAAGCAUACAGGGAGUCUGUGGAAUCUCUUUUUGUACAUCAUAAGAAGGCUGCUGGUCUCAAGGAUGACUAUGAGGCAUCUGGGUGUGACUCUGCUGCAGAUUUACCUCAGGAGAAUGUCUAUGAGGAUGAAGGGGAGACAUGCACUUACUUAUCUGAAGCAUAUGAUGGUGGUUUGUUAUCACAGAUGGGCCAGAAGAAACACCUAGGGCAGCAAAGGAUUAAUGGUGCAAGAUCAUAUGAAACAAGUACUCACGUGCCUUUUGAACCAUACUUGGAAAGAAAGUUAUCGAAUGGGAAGAGGGCUUCAUCUUUUCUUGCAGUUCCUACAAAACGUGUCCGUACAGCUGCUAGACAACGAAUCAUAAGCCCAUUCCCUGCUGGUGUUGGUGGAACCACCCAAGUCACAAGUAAAACAGAUGUUUCAAGUGGAGACACAAGCUCCUACCAAGAUGAUCAAAGUUCAUUGUACGGGGGGUCCUUGCCAUGGAAAAAUUCAGACUUCGAAUCAACAGUUGAUUUUGACAGAAAGUUGCCAUAUGAUGGUAGCACAGUGUUCACUAAAGCUAACAAGAAGAAAAAGCUCAAGAAUCCAGGAUAUAAGACCACUCAGAAUGCAGCCAAUUCCUCCGCCUUGGCUUCUGUAAAGGGCCGUAUCUAUGAUCAACGAACCCAAGCUGAUUUCUUUACUCAAUAUGACCAGAAGGAUUUUCUGAAGAAAAAAUCAGAUCCCGAACAAUUUGAUUCAAAAUGGAAUAUUGCGGCCCAUGGUGGUCAACAUUCUUUGAAGAAGCUGAAAUUGAUGAGGCAAGGGAUAGAUAUUUCACAGGAGGCUUCUCCUGUUGCAUCACAGAUGAGUAACAUGGCAAAUUCUGCUAAAAUCAUAAAGAUAAUCACCAAUAGGGAUCGCGGGAGAAAAGGCAAAGCACUGAAGCUGGCUUCCAGUGGUGGAUGGUCAAAUUUUGAGGACCAGGCUCUUGUUGUCCUCGUCCAUGACUUGGGUCAAAAUUGGGAAUUAGUAAGCGACGCGAUUAAUAGCAUUGUGCAGUUCAAGUCUGUAUAUAGGCAACCUAAAGGAUGCAAGGAGCGUUAUAAGGUUCUUGUGGAUAAAAAUUCUGGUGAUGGUGCUGACAGUGCAGAGGACUCUGGUUCAUCGCAACACUAUCAUUUUACAUUGCCGGGCAUUCCAAAGGGAAGUGCUAGGCAGUUAUUUCAACGGCUUCAAGGACCAAUUGAGGAAGAAAAUCUCAAGGCACAUUUUGAAAAAAUGAUUCUACUCAUGCGACAAAUGCAUUCAUCCAGACGUAGAAAGGGUAAUAGCCAGGAACUCAAGUCGAUCAUACAACCACAUAGUUCUCAUGCUGCUGCUCUUACACAAGCAUUCCCAAAUAACUUAUCCGGCGGCGCUUUGACGCCGCUUGAUCUCUGCGAUGCAGUAAGUUCAAACCUAGAUACAAGUACACCUGGUAGUGGUUACGAUACAAAUGGGUUAACACCACCAAAUCAUCAUGGUUCCAAUGGCCCUACUGCUCCCAAUUCGACUCUGAGUUCCAGGUCUACAGGCUCUCCUGGUACCGUUUUGGGCAACAAUUUAUCGCCACAUUCAACAUUUAGUGCCUCUUCAAGGGAUGCUCAUAAAUACGGUAUUCCUAGAUGUACCUCUUUACAGAGUGAUGAGCAACAGAAGAUUCACUAUAACCAGAUGCUUAGUGGCAGAAAUCUUCAGCAUACUGGUGGUUCUGUUUCAGGAACAUUUCCUCCUGGAGUUGAUCGUGGUGCUCGUGUGAUGCCUAGUACCCAUGGCAUGGGAAUGAUGACAGGUCUAAAUCGAGGUAUGCCUGCUGCUACUGCAGGCUUUCCUAGGCAUAGUUCCCCUGGAAUGCCAAAUGUGGUUUCACCUGGAAAUGUAUCAGCCAAAAGUGGGCAUGCAGUAAAUGUCCAUCCUGGAGCCAUGUCUGCCACUGGAAACACAACCAUACGGUCACAUAAUCCUAUGCAGGUGCUUCAUCCUGGUCAGAAUAUGGAAGAGCAUAGGCAGACUAUGAUGCCAGAGUUCCACAUGCAGGUUUCACAGGGAAAUACUCAAGGCAUCAGCAGCAUGAAUCAGCCAUUCUCCAAUGCUGCAUCUUCUUCACCUGUUCAGUCUUUUCCUAUUCAGCAACACCAACAGACACAUCAGAUUUCGCAGCCAUCACACAUGUUUGGAAACCCACACCAUCUUCAGAUCCAAGGGAUCAGCCAUUCGAAUUCACAGCAGCAAACAUAUGCCAUGCGCUUGGCUAAAGAAAGGCACAGCCAGCAACGUAUGGUGCCUGAGCAACAGAAUGAUCUUCCUGGAGCAAGUGCAGUACCCAGUAUACAUAAUGGCUCGCAAGGUCAACUGCAGAAGCAAUCACCUGCAGCCUCGCCAGCCCCAGCUUCACAACCACAGAGGCAGCGGCAGCAAGCUGCACAAAACCCACCAGAUAGCUAUGCAAUUCCCAGUCAACCAACCAAUGCUACAGCUACACAACAUAAGUCGAAGAAGAGUCAACAGCAGCCUAGACAGAAUCAGCAACAAAGGAAUCAAGGUAGUCAACAGGCUAAGCUUAUGAAGAGCUUAGGACGAGGAAACAUGGUGAUACCUCAGACUACAGUCGACACCACUCCAACCAAUGCUGUUUCCACAUCUUCCAAAAAGCAAGUUACAGAGAAUAAAAUGAUUCAACAUGGCCAAGGAACUUUGCCUGGAAAUAAAACAUCAAGUCCGUCAAUUCCUCAUCCUGUAAAUCAACAUAAACUAUACAGUUCUGCAUUGCCUCAAUCACCAAAACAGUUGCCAGAUAUUGGUAUCCAAGGUGUAUCGCAGGGUUCUCCUAGUCGGGCACUCUUAACUUCGCAGCAGCUUCCUCUUCAUUCUAAAUCUCCACUGACUACACAACAGCAACACCGGCAUGCCAAUUCUUUGCAGAAUAGCAUCCAAACAAUGAUGAUGCCCCAAAACCUCCAAAUGAAUUCUGGUUGUAGGACAGACUCUCAAGUCAUUCAAGUCCAACACAAUCAGAUAAUUCCAACACCCUCUAUUCCUCAGAGUACAGGGUCAGGCAGCACUGGACUUCCAUCCAUAAGCCAGCAGAAGCACGAGUUGUCAAAUGAUUCAGUUGCAGUUAAUUCAACAUCUAUGAUGCUUAGCUCUUCUCAAGAUGCGCUGGAAAGGGAAACACUAGGUGGUUUUCAUAUGUAUGGUGGCCAGUGGCACCAGGAACAAUCUAAGCAGCUACAGCAGUCCCCAAACCAGCAGAUACCAGUUGUUCAAGGCAGUGUAUAUGCUCCAUUAAAUCCUGGGCCAGGCUGAUGAUAAAUUAAUCAGGGUUGGUCAUUUUUACAUAACAACCCUUUUUUGAAAUGUAAAGUUAUUGUACAGGUGUCAGUGACUCCGUAACAUGGAAGCUGUGGAUGAUACUGAUGUUAAUUCAACUUUUGGAGCUAAUCGUAAUAACCUUAAUGUCAGGUAGAUAGUUGUUUGCAUGCCAUUUUAGGUCCACCUUUGGAAGGUGAAAACAUGUUUUAUGCAGUCUAGAUAGGCAGUUGGAGGUGACUCUUGCAACGUCAAAUUUCAAUUUUCCCUUUUGUGGAUUCUGACGCAAAUCCUGGGCCCAACUGUAUAUUUUUAAUGUGAGGUCCAUGCUUUCUAGAGUCAAGAUAUAGGGUCUAACCCUGCAGUAUGCUUUAACUUACAAAUUAGUGAAUGCAAAAGUGCUUAUUUUGCAUAUUGUAA